UGUGUCCGCGGUCUCCAUGGGAGCAUGCCGGUUGCCAAGCCGGCCGGUAGAGUGCUUGCCACCACCAUCGAGCCGUUGGUAUGACAACGGGGACACGGGUGACCCGGGGCGUGGUGCUUCGCGUGACGGGGCCAGCGGCCCCUGCGGGGAGGGUCCUGGCCAAGCCUUGCCAACGCACCAGGGGGUCCCCCGGGCUGCCAGAGCCCACUGCGCUGGGCUAGGACCCCCGCUCCAACACCAGUCCGGGAAUUUAUUGACACAUCAAGGAAGCAAGCAAGAGAGCGUGAAGGGAAGCCCUCUGGAGCAAAGGAUGUGGGGCGACAGGGCUGAUCCCACCAGGGCCCCGGGGCCCGCUUCCUGCCCCUCCGCUUGAGGCCUGGCGGUAUCAGGACUCCCUCAGUGGGUGCUGUACUGGGGCAUCAGAUGAGAUAACGCAGCGCAGCGAAAGUGGAGCAUCCGCGUGUGGAGCAAGGGACGGAGCAGCCCAGUGCCUGCCGGACACCCUCCAGGACAGAGCAGGGGGCUCCCCCAGGCCAGGCACCACGGUGGGGACACAGGGGCUGAGGGGGGCACGGCUUGGCCCGCAGCCCACCCCACCCUGCCACCUGCCCCCAUGCUGGAUCACCGAGCCAGGAUGGAGAGCAGCAGGAAGGAGAAGGUGGAGCAGAUCCUGUCAGAGUUCCGUCUGAAGGAAGAGGACCUGAAGAAGGUGAUGUAUCGGAUGCAGAAGGAGAUGGACCGAGGCCUCAAGCUGGAGACACAUGAGGAGGCCUCUGUGAAAAUGCUGCCCACCUAUGUUCGCUCCACCCCCGAGGGCUCUGAGGUGGGAGAUUUCCUGUCACUGGACCUGGGCGGCACCAAUUUCCGUGUGAUGCUGGUGAAAGUGGGCGAGGGGGAGGAGGGGCAGUGGAAGGUGAAGACAAAGCACCAGAUGUAUUCCAUCCCGGAGGAUGCCAUGACUGGGACGGCUGAGAUGCUCUUUGACUACAUCUCCGAGUGCAUUUCCGAUUUCCUGGACAAGCACCAAAUGAAGCACAAAAAGCUGCCCCUGGGCUUCACCUUCUCCUUCCCUGUGCGGCACGAGGACAUUGACAAGGGCAUCCUCCUGAACUGGACCAAGGGCUUCAAAGCCUCCGGCGCAGAAGGGAACAAUGUGGUGGGGCUGCUGAGAGAUGCCAUCAAACGGCGAGGGGACUUCGAGAUGGAUGUGGUGGCGAUGGUGAAUGACACAGUGGCCACGAUGAUCUCCUGCUACUACGAAGAUCACCGGUGUGAGGUUGGGAUGAUUGUGGGGACGGGCUGUAACGCCUGCUACAUGGAGGAGAUGCACAACGUGGAGCUGGUGGAGGGCGACGAGGGGCGGAUGUGCGUGAACACGGAGUGGGGGGCCUUUGGUGCCUCUGGGGAGCUGGACGAGUUCCUUCUGGAGUACGACCGCGUGGUGGACGAGACCUCACUUAACCCCGGUCAGCAACUAUACGAGAAGAUCAUUGGGGGGAAGUACAUGGGGGAGAUCGUGCGGCUGGUGCUGCUGAAGCUGGUGGAUGAAAACCUGCUCUUCAAUGGGGAAGCCUCUGAGAAACUCAAGACUCGUGGGACCUUUGAGACCCGCUUCAUGUCCCAGAUUGAGAGCGAUUCUGAUGACCGCAAGCAGAUCUACAACAUCUUGUCAGCCUUUGAGCUGUUGCCGUCUCGGACAGACUGUGAGAUCGUGCGCCGGGUGUGUGAGAGUGUGUCCACACGGGCUGCCCAGAUGUGUUCAGCCGGGCUGGCCGGCGUCAUCAACCGCAUGCGGGAGAGCCGCAGCCAGGACACCCUCAAGAUCACUGUUGGUGUUGAUGGCUCCGUCUACAAGCUCCAUCCCAGCUUCAAGGACCACUUCCACGCCACAGUGCGGCAGCUGACGCCUGGCUGUGACAUCACCUUCAUCCAGUCAGAGGAAGGCAGCGGGCGCGGGGCCGCCCUCAUCUCAGCCGUGGCCUGCAAGAUGGCCUGCAUGAUGGGGCAGUGAGCUGGACUCAGAGGGGGGAUGGCAGGGGCCGGUGGUCCUGCUUGGAGUGCUGUGGGAGCAGACAUGGAUGCGGGAAGGAGGCGGCUCCAGCCCCCCAAUAAACGGGGUGUGUGUGGACUUCUCUGGGGCUGCUUUGGCCAGUGCUCCUCGUGCCUCUCUCCCCAUGCUGGUAGAGAGACCCCCAUGGGCCUGCCCCACACUUAUGGGCAGCCUGUGCUCUCAUCCCCCCCUCCCCCAUCCUCACACAGCGGCAGCAAGGGGUGCUGCAGUGCACCUCAGCCCCUUUGCUGCGGGAAAGC